AUGCGCAAUCUCCGGCCGAUCUAUUGCUGGACGAGAAGUUGUCGACGGAUAUCAAAGACAAUCCCCAUCUACAAGAAACUGCCGGAGAAUGGAAAAUAUCAAGGAAGUCUGGGCAAUCAGGGAAAGAAUACUGUACAGAAGAAAGGUUUCUUCGAUGACUACGUGAAGCAAAUGGGCGACCUUUCAAAGGGGCUAGUCGAUUCGACAUCGGAUUUCACAACAAAAUCCUACGAGAAAAUCUCGGCAAGUGCCGGAGAAAUGGGCAAAAUGAUUGAUCAGACAGUGACGAAAUCGAAAGAAAUGGCCGAAUCGACUCUCGAUCUCACGAAGAAAGGAUUGGAACAGCUUGGGGAAAGUGCUUCAGAGGCAGCUCAAAUGACUCUCGACAAAUCAAAAGAGUUGGCCGAAAAAUCUCGAGAAAUCGCCGAAUCAACUGCCGAUUUGACGUCGAAAUCUUUCGAGAAGCUCUCCGAAUCGGUUUCUUCGGCUGCACAAACGUCUUUUGACAAGUCAAAGGAGAUUUUGGAGUCAACAAGCGAUUACACAAUGAAAAGCUUCGAGAAACUCGGGGAAACGACUGCCUCGGCGAUGGAAACGACGAUGAACAAAACCAAAGAGCUCGCUGAGUCAACCACGAAAACGAUUGGGGAAAUGAGCACUGGGGCUUUCGAGAAAACAAAAGAAUUCGCCGAGGAGUCGUCGAAAACGGCUGGAAAGAUUUAUGAUGGAAUGACAACAAUCGCACAAACGAGUUUCAACAAAACGAAAGAAAUUGCGAGCUCGGCCGCCGACUCAUCAAUGAAAUCACUGGAGAAGUUCGGCGAAGCCGCCGCCUCAACCACGCAAUCGACUCUUGAAAAAUCCCAAGAAAUCGUUGAAUCGGCCUCGAAAACACUCUCAAAAACCUAUGAUCAGACGACAUCGAUGGCUCAAUCGACUUUUCAAAGUGUGAACUCGCAAAUCGGACCCACUCUGCAGAGUUUACAUAAGACUUCGAAAGCAGUGUUAGCUUCAAAAAGCGUACAAGAGUCGAUGAAACAAGUGAACAAUCUGUACAAGUCAAUGCCAAGUAUUUCGAUCAAGAUCGAGGUGAAAAAGCCAACCGUAGAAACACCGACGAGUGGAGUGACUGAAUUGGAGAAGAAACCCGAGAGUCGUCUCGUUCCUUCAUACAAAAGAGUUCAAAGUUUGUUCAAGGAGACAACCUCUACCCAAUUAACCCGAAUUCGCGAAGCCGCCUUGACGAAGGUUGAAAAUAAAUUCCAAAGUUUCUCCUUGAUCUCGAAAGUGUGGAAGGGUUUCUUGUAUCUUCCCUCAUCGAUCAGCCCACUUAAAUCAUUGCGCGAGAAACUCACCGAGAAGAUACACAAAUUUGGGAACUUGACACGGGGACUCACCGGGUAUUAUGUUGGUGACGGAUGGAAACACGACAUCGAUCAUAGCCAAGCCGCCAGCUCGGCCAUUGAACAUUUUGUUGACAUGACAGUCAUCCAGUUAUCCCAUCAUCUCCACCAUGUCACUGUCAUCGCUGUCUUUGCUGCCGCUCUAUCGACCAGCUUUGAGAUUAAAAGAGGAUUCAAAUUGGAUCGAAAGAAUGAGACGAAUCGACAUAAACUGGAGACAACAGGACAUGUGAUCAGCUCGUUUGGUGGCAGUUAUUUGGGCUCAAAAGUCGGAUCGUUGAUCGGAGAGGCGUUGAUGCCCGGCUUGGGCACUCUCUUCUUUGGAAUUCUUGGCGCAUUUCAUUGCUCAACCGCCUCAAUCUUCACCACAAAGCUUCUCGUGGAGAAAUUUUUGAAGAAG